AGUCCCCUAUCACACAAGCACCCAGUGUGACACCCACUGACCGCUGCCACACCUCACACUCGGUGGAUGUUUUAAGUUAACUGGUUUUACGGAGAAAUUGCUACUAAGUUCCACGCGGCAGCAGGAUACGGACUGUUUGUUCGCCCCUCCUUGCUUCCGGUUUGCUUUUCUCUUACGCACUACUGUCGUGAUACAGUGUUGCCAUAGUUACAAAUAACAGCUAUUGGAUUAUAUAGAAGAUUCCAACUUCCUUGACAGUCCCGGUAUCCGCCCACUGUCAACAAGAGAGAUCCGCCGGAGUCUCACCACAGAUCACCUGCAUCCAGGAAAGCGCAUCAGAGACGGCGGCCGUCCAUGUGUUGCGCGCUCCAGUCCAAUAACAACAAAAAAAAAAACAUAAAAAACAUUGCAAGCAACCUUCUUGAAGAUAAAAACUCAUUAGACCGGAAGCUUCUUGCAGGUUGUACAGUGUUUUUUCUGGUAGUUAUGCAGCAUAAAGGCACAUUUAUCAGCCCUUUUCCGAGACCGCGGUGUCUGGCGGCAGCGGCGCCAGCGGGGAAAGCGAAAUUAACUCACCCGGGGAAGGCGAUCCUGGCAGGUGGACUUGCAGGUGGUAUAGAGAUCUGCAUCACCUUCCCCACAGAGUAUGUCAAGACCCAGUUACAGCUGGAUGAGAAGGCCAAUCCACCUAAAUACAGAGGAAUAGGUGACUGUGUGAAACAGACGGUACAGAGUCAUGGUGUCAGAGGACUGUACAGAGGACUCAGCUCACUGCUGUAUGGCUCCAUACCCAAAUCUGCCGUCCGGUUCGGCGUGUUUGAGUUCCUCAGUAACCGUGCAAAGGAUGAGUCUGGCCGACUGGACAGCACCAGAGGCCUGCUGUGUGGACUCGGAGCUGGAGUGAUGGAAGCUGUUUUGGUGGUCUGUCCCAUGGAAACCGUCAAGGUUAAAUUCAUUCAUGACCAGACUUCAGCAAACCCCAAAUACAAGGGUUUCUUCCACGGAGUCAGAGAGAUCAUCAGAGCACAAGGAUUGAGGGGGACGUACCAAGGUCUCACUGCCACGGUCCUUAAACAAGGCUCCAACCAGGCUAUUCGCUUCUAUGUGAUGACCUCUCUCAAGAACUGGUAUAAAGGUGAUAACCCCGACAAAGCUAUUAAUCCCUUGGUGACUGGAGCCUUUGGGGCCAUAGCAGGAGCAGCCAGUGUAUUUGGAAACACACCACUAGAUGUCAUCAAGACUCGGAUGCAGGGUCUGGAAGCACAUAAAUAUAAAAGCACGCUAGACUGUGCUGUGAAGAUCCUGAGAUAUGAGGGCUUGGCAGCUUUCUAUAAGGGGACAGUUCCUCGCCUGGGCCGUGUGUGUCUGGAUGUGGCCAUAGUUUUCAUCAUCUAUGAGGAGGUGGUGAAAGUCCUGAAUGUGGUCUGGAAGACAGACUGAGCUGCUGGACGUACAGAAAAGGUGACGGCCUCCUGCUUCCCAGGCAUCAGACACAGAUCCGAGUUUAGCAGACCUCUUCAGUAUCAUAAACCAGCUCUUGAGGGUUGGAGGCUUAGAUCGGUGUCUUAUGCUAACCAGGAGGUUAAAGACGGGGCCUGCAGAGAAGAAAGAAAGCCCUGAUAGAGGCUCAGUGUCGCUAACAUCAGCUGGAGUGUAUGCAGAGCUUUGAUGCUCAGCAUCGAGACACCUGACAGGACCAAGGGUCAACUUCACUAAGUGGGUUUAUAAAGUCAGCCAAAUAACUGAAAAAAAAAUGCUUCAUCCUAGAGAUACAUCAUCAAUUUCUAAAUAUGAAACAAAACUUGAAUAUUAAGGUCAUUAAUAUGAUUCCUUCAUGACUGCUUAUUAAUAACAUUUUGCAGAUAUUUCACCGUCUUUAUGAACCUGCUUUGUAAAAUAACCUCCUCCAGGGAAGAACGUUAUUUCUCAUCAUCACAGCUGUUUUACUGAUGUUUACUGCAGGUGUGCAGGUGUCAUACUGGAUUUUCCUCAGUUUGUGUUGCUCUCUGUCUCCUCUUGUGCCUAUUAUGGUUUUAAACCCAGAGGACCCAGAAUGCAGCUGGUUGCAGUUUACAGUCACAUAAACUGCAGUAACUUCCAUAACCAAGCCUUUAAGAGAAUGAUUUUACAUUUAUAAUAUGCCAAUUAUUUUUAUACAGUGUAGAUUCUAUUUUAGUUUAUUACCAGCAUUAUGGUUUUAUUGUAAAAAUAUAAUGUAUUUUAUUCCUGUGCCAAAUGCCAAACCAGUUAUACUAUGAAAAUGUGUUCAGAGUGAAAACAUCUCUAGAAGUCUAAUGAGAAUCAGAGAAGAGCAAAUAUUAUUAAGAUUCAUAUUGUGACAUGCUUUAUGAUUAUAUUUAUUGAAAGUUGAAUUAUGAAUAUCUAGAUGCUAGAGAGACUAUUUGCUGUUAACUUGUGCCACUUGUUUUUCCUGUAAUCAGGUGUAAAGAUGUUUUUAAGAUGUGAGGAAAAUAUUUUAUUGCUGUAUUUCACUGUGAGUCGAAAUGACCCAACAAACCUGAGUCAUACACUAAGUAACCUCCAACAUCUCUUCUCCCUUCAGUGGAAGUGUUGAGUUCAUCAGGUUAAAUCCUAACGCCAGGUACCCACAACAGGAUGGUUAUUUGUCUUCUGUUUACAUUAGAGACAGUUUUCAGACUCUGUGAUUCUUCCUAUCGACAUACAUUGUGAGAUAAUUAAUUGGAAAGGAAAGAAGAAAUGUAUUCUUCUACUAUACAUAUUUAUGCUCAUUCUUUCAGGAAAUCGCUCUUGGGGUGGAACCUCUCACAAUUCAUAGACAUAAUUUUUAACCUGCGAUGAGGGGUUGUGCAAGGAGGCAAUGCUUCAUUUCCUAUAAAGGGGCCACCCACCAAAAAGACUGGGAAUCACAGUCUGUUCAAAUCCAUUUCCUGUGGUGUUCUGUUCUGGUGCCAUGUUUCAUUCAGGGUUUGUUUUUACCUCUCACUCAUGUGCCUUUUGCUGUUGUCUUUGUUGGUAAAUGCUUCUUGAGAAAUAUCCUAAUUUAUGAGCGACCUAUAAAACUCUUUAUUCAUCUUAGCUGAAAUUUAAGAUUUCUGUGGCUCAGUCAUAUAGUUUUCAUAAUAACAAAUAUUUUUCCUCGUGUCAUCACCAGUGAUGUGAAAACAGUCAUAAUCUAUAUGUAAUGAUUGUAUUGAAAAUACUGAUGGAUUAUAUUUCCUUAUUGCUGAAAUAAUGUUCCCCUUUGUUUAAAAAUUAUUUUUCUGUUUGGCCAGAACCACUGCCGGAUAGCCAAGAGAAAAUAUUAUUGCUAUAGAAAAUCAAUCUAAUCCAAGGCUGUGUGUGUGUACGUGUGUGUGUGUGUGUGUGUGUGGCUCUUUAUGAUGGAUCUCGUGCAAUAAAUGCCAUCCCCUUCUGUUGUCUGUGCUUAAUGUAAAGUCCUAUGUUGUAGGAGGGGAUUUCGAAACUCAUUAAAACAAGCAACUGAG